GAGAAGCAGCCACCCACCCCGACCUCCACCUUGACGGCGCCCGCCGCCGGCGUCGCCGUUCCCAAAUCGACGCGACCGAGGAGGCUGUCGAAAUGGCCGGCCGCCGCCGCAGCCGAUCCCGAAUCCACACCAGCGACGACGACGACGGGGCGACCCGUCCCAGCCGCCGCCGCCGCCGCGCGGAGGUGGCUGUCCCUCUGCCGGACGGCGGCGAUACCCUGUCGGAGUCGCUGCAGGACGACAGCAGACCUCCUCCUGCGCCAUCGGAGUCGCUGCCGUUGCCGUUGGACAUGCUUUGGAAGAUCCUCCUCCUUCUGCCACCGCAGCCGUCCUCCCGCCUCCGCGCAUCCGCCGUCUCCCGGCGCUGGCGAGGCGUCGCCACCGACCCCAACUUUAAAAGCCAGUUCCGUGUCCACCGCAGGAACUGCAAGCCGCCACCCAUUCUCGGAUUAUUUGUGCGCCGAUGGAAGAUGGAGUUCAGGCAGGGCUUCCUCCACCCUUCCGACCGUGUCCCUGCCGAGCGCUUCUCCAUCCCGUCCCGCUACGACAUCCGUGGGUGCCGACAUGGUCGUGUGCUCGCUGUACACCGUGAGUAUGCAAAGCUUCUUGUGUUUGCCCCACUCUCUGGCGAGGUGUGCACCCUGUCCGUUCCCGAUGAGUUCAGGCCACCGUCUUGCUUCCACCUCAAUGGGGCGGUGCUCUGUGAUGCCAACGACCACGGCCAUGUUCAUGGCAUGUGCCACCAGAGCCCCUUCAAGGUGGUAUUGCUUUCAAGGUAUUCUAUGGAAGAUCGAUUCAUUACCUCUGUUUACUCGUCAAGGUCCAAAAAAUGGAGUGUCGUCGUUUCAAAAGAGGCUCCAUGCUCCGUUGAUUCUGACGUUCCGGCGAUCCUGGUUAAUAAUCGACUCUACUGGCUGCUUUCGUCUAAAGCCCGUGGUCUCCUUGAGUUUGAUUUGGAUAGGCAGAGCCUAACUGUGAUCGAGUGGCCUACUAGUAUGAUUGAUUCCGGAAGCCAUGGGAUGAUCAAAACAGAGGAAGGCGCAGUUGGCUUGGUCAGGUUUUCAUUCCCGAGCCUAGAAAUAUGGCAGAGGAAGAUCAAUCAGGGUGUUGCCACGUGGUUGGAUCCAAGGAUAGUUGAUAUGCAUAACGUUCUUGGGAUCCCCCCUCAGAUUGGUAGGAGAAGAUGGCCAUGCAGUUUGAGAGGCUAUGAGGAGGAAAACCAUGUGAUCAUUCUGUAUGUUGAUGAUAGUGCCUACAUGGUUGAUCUUAAGUCAAUGCAAUCCACAAAACUUGAUGGAAGCCGUUCGAUGAAUCGCUGUCACCCUUUCACCAGUUUCUAUCCACCAGACAUGGCCAUAUAAGAAGCGCCGAUAUAGGAACAUGGACACGAGGAUACGGGCACAGAUACAAAAGCAUUUUCCAGAAACAGCCAUACGGCGACACGGCGAGUAUAUACAUAAAUAAAUAAAGUACAACAUGUAUUGUUGUGAGGACAAGAGUAUAUUUGUAAGAUGUAAGGUCAAAGUACUGCCCAUUUGUUUUCUGCUUUCAGUUCCACGUUUGUAUAUGGCUGAGCUUAAUGCAGCUGAUUCUGCAAGUAUAUGUGAGUGAAAAAUUCAGGAAAGGGAAAAUAUAAUACAGCAUGUAAUAUGGACAUAAUUAUAUUUGUAAGAUGUGGGAUCAAGUCUUGAUUCUGUCAUGUAAUGUGGACAAAAUUAUGUUUGUAAGAUGUGAGAUCAUUUGGUUUCA